AUGUGGCUGUUCUAUCGUUCUAUCAUUUGCCCGCAGAUCGGUUAUGCGGAUAUCCUGAAGAAGGUGGAACCACUGCGAAAUGAACUAAAGGCCCUAGAGGAGGCCGCCGGUGUGAACGAGAAGAAAGCGGAAGAUGUGGAGACCACAAUUGCGGCUCUGGAGAAGAGUAUUGCUCGUUACAAGGAUGAAUACGCCGUGCUCAUCAGUCAGGCACAAUCCAUCAAGGCAGACUUGGCCUCAGUGGAGGCGAAGGUUGAACGUUCAGUGGCCUUAAUCAAGUCCCUCAGCAGCGAGAGGACCCGCUGGGAAGCUGGUUCUGAGACCUUCCGCUCGCAGAUGGCCACUAUCAUCGGUGACUGUCUCCUUUCCUCUGCCUUCAUGGCCUACGGCGGCUACUUCGACCAAAGUCUCCGUUUGAGCCUUAUCUCCACUUGGGCCAUUCAUCUCAAAGCCGCGGAUAUUCAGUUCAGACAGGACCUGGCCAGAGUCGAGUAUCUGUCCAAUCCGGAUGAGCGCCUUCGUUGGCAAGCCAACGCACUGCCGAACGAUGAAUUAUGCGUGGAGAACGCGAUCAUCCUACGUCGUUUCAAUCGAUAUCCCCUUAUUAUUGAUCCCAGCGGUCAGGCCACUGAGUUCCUGCUGAAUGAGUACAAGGGCAAGAAAAUUGCCAAAACCUCUUUCUUGGACGACGCCUUCCGCAAGACACUGGAGUCUUCCCUGCGUUUCGGAACCCCCUUGCUGGUGCAGGACGUUGAGUCCUACGAUCCAAUCCUCAACCCGGUGUUGAACCGUGAAGUUCGACGUACCGGUGGCCGAACACUGAUCACUCUGGGUGACCAGGACAUUGAUCUCAGCCUCCAGAGCCAGUGCUUGAAUGCCGUCCUGAAGGCCGAACGUCCGGAUGUGGACAAUAAACGCUCCGACCUGCUAAAGAUGCAGGGUGAAUUCCAGCUGAGACUGCGUCACUUGGAAAAGGACUUGCUGCAAGCUCUGAAUGACGCCGAGGGUAACCUCCUCGACGACGACAAGAUCAUAACUAAUUUGGAGACCCUGAAGAAGGAGGCCGGUGAAGUUGCCAAGAAGGUGGAGGAGACAGAUGCCAUCAUGGCAGAAGUAGACUCCGUUUCACAGCAGUACGUACCGCUGGCUCAGGCCUGCUCUGCCAUGUACUUCACUCUGGACACGCUCAACCAGGUCCACUUCCUAUACCAGUACUCCCUGCAGUUCAUGCUCGACAUCUUCAACUUUGUUCUCACGCAGAAUGACAAUCUCAAGUCGGUGGAAGACAGCAAACGUCGCCUCGAAAUCAUCACCAAAGAUCUGUUCCAGGUCACCUAUUGUCGUGUGGCCCGAGGCAUGCUCCACCGCGACCAAAUCACCUUCGCUAUUCUCCUGGUCCGCAUCUUCCUCAAGGGUCGUUCAAUGAUGGCCGGCGCUCAAACCGGCAGUUUCGAGGCUGAAUUUAACGUCUUCCUGCACGGUCAGGAGGCCGCCACCCUGCUGAGCAAACAGAAUAUCCCCACCAUCAAGGGCCUGACGCAGGAGCAGUGCUCUUCUGUUGCC